AUGAGGAUCGAAACCUGUUAUUUCUGCAGCCGCCCCGCAUAUCCAAGCAAAGGUAUAACCUUUGUGCGGAACGAUGCCAAGUUCAAGAUGAAGCGCAACCCGCGCAAGCUCAAGUGGACCAAGGCCUUCCGCAAGUCCGCGGGCAAGGAAAUGGUUGUCGACAGCACCCUGCAGUUCGCUGCCCGAAGGAACGUCCCCGUACGAUACAACCGAGACCUUAUGGCCAAGACCCUCACUGCCAUGAAGAGGGUGUCCGAGAUUCGCGCUCGCCGCGAGAGGGUGUUCUACAAGAAGCGCAUGGCGGGCAACAAGCAGCGCGAGAUCGAGACAGCGCGCGAGCUCGUAAAGACGCACGGGCACCUCCUCCCCAGGAUGCGCGGCAGCGAGAGGAAACGUUUGGAGAUGGAGGCGGAGGGCGAGAAGAUGUCGGAGGACAUGGUCGACGUCAACAAGAACGAGCUCAGGCAGAAGCAAAAGGUCAGGUGGACGGUGGAUGGCGAGCAGGAGGUCGAGGAAGAGGCGGACGACAACCCUUGGGAAGACCUUGGCGACGAGGACGAAGCCAUGGAGGGGAUCGAAGCGUAA